AUGGUGAAAAAUUACCAGAGGUAUCAUCAGCUAUGGAGGGAAGGUGGUGAAUUACUGCAUGUGAUUGGUGAAGGCCAUGAACACGAUCGCGAAGAAGAUUGCCCAAGUGAUCCGUUCGGUUUUAUACGUGGAGUUUCUGACUCAUGGCGGCUUGAAGAAGUUGAUGAUCCAAGACUUGUUUCUGAAGCCGACGCAUUGAAUUCUCCCAUCUGUUCUUCUGUUGCUAAUGGAACGCUCUGCUGUGACAGAAGUAGCAUUCGUUCUGAUGUGUGUAAAUUGAAAGGCGAUAUUCGAACUGAUUCGGGUUCAUCAUCAAUCUUUCUGUACACAAAUACUGAAUUCAGUGAUUAUGUUCCUUCUAUAUCUGACGAUGGCCAUGGAAAUGAGAUAUUGCAGCAUGAAAAGAUCAGACCAUACACUAGAAAAUGGGAGACCAACAUGAUGAUGGAAAAGGUUUCCGAAUUGGACCUCAUUGUGAAGAAGGGAAAUUCAACUAGUAAUACUAAAAAUCAACACCACAAAUGUGAUGUGAAUCAUGAAGUUCCUGCUGUUUUCUUCUCAACUGGAGGAUACACGGGCAAUGUUUAUCAUGAUAUAAAUGAUGGGAUUUUGCCAUUGUACAUCACUUCUCAGCAUUUCAACAGGAAAGUUGUGUUUGUGAUUCUUGAUUAUCAUGAAUGGUGGUUGACAAAAUAUGGUGAUGUCCUGUCACGGCUUUCGGAUUAUCCGGUUAUCGAUUUCGGCGCCGAUAAAAGGACUCAUUGCUUCCCUGAAGCUAUAGUUGGACUGAAAAUCCACGACGAACUCGCCAUUGAUCCUUCCCUGAUCGAAGAUAACAAGACAAUGGUCGAUUUUCGCAAUGUUCUAGACCGGGCGUAUUGGCCGCGAAUCAGAGGCCUAAUGCGGGCUGAAGAGAAAGAAGGGAAAUUGAUGUUGAAGAAAUCAAAGCCAAGUCUGGCUAUAAUCUCAAGGAAAGGGUCAAGGGAAAUAACAAAUGAGAAUGCAUUGGUGAAAAUGGCAGAGGAAAUCGGAUUCUCUGUGACAGUUCUGAGGCCUGAGAAGACAACAGAACUGGCAAAAAUGUACAGAGUUCUGAACUCAAGUGAUGUUAUGAUAGGAGUUCAUGGUGCUGCAAUGACGUAUUUCCUGUUCAUGAAACCCGAUUCGAUCUUCAUUCAGAUCAUCCCUCUUGGAUUAGAUUGGCCAUCAGAGAAUUACUAUGGAGAACCAUCAAGAAGACUUGGAUUGAAGUACACUGGAUACAAAAUCUUGCCAAAGGAGAGUUCUUUGUACACGAAAUAUGGUAAGAAUGAUCCUGUUCUGACGGAUCCAGAUUCAGCUACCGGUAAACGAUGGGAAUUGACGAAGCAAAUUUAUCUGGAUCAUCAAAAUGUGAGGCUGAAUCUUCCCAGAUUUCGCAAGAGAUUGGUUCGGGCUUAUGACUAUACUCUUCAUCAUGCUGAAAAGGCAUUAGCAAUUUAGCUUCAUUUUUAGAUGUCAAAUUGUUGAACAUUUUUUUUUGCACCAUUCUUUCUGUCAAUUUUGUGGAUAUUGCAAUAUAGGGUAACAAAAAAUAAAAGAAUGAAUUCACACCAACCCUUUCGAGUUUUGGUUGGUUAAUUUUCUCUACUUUUGGUGUUUAAGUUCAUUCUAAAGGAAAAAAAAUGUAGUCAUAAUUGUUAUUAAUAAUUGCUGGAAUUUGGAAUUAGGCGGGAAUUGAAUAACAGCUUAACG